AUGACCCCAGGAGAUCGUGAUGAUGCCUUGGGAGGCCUCCCAGCUAAAACACCCAAAUUCGAGUAUCAAGGACUGUCGAAAUGCCUGGAUAUAAUAGAGAAUCAGUUUUCUCGAGAUCCAACCUCCCCAGACUUCAUCAGUGAUUGCCUCAUCUUUUACAACGUUCAUCCCCACGAAUUUCAAAAUCUCGCGGCUCAACUCAAAAACACCUCCGCAAAGUUCUCGAGCUACGAUUUCAGACACUACAUCCUCACGCUCAAGAUGGCGUCUCCCAUGCAUGGAGAAGCGGCUUCUGAGUUUGCCAACCUCGUUAAUUCGUGGAGAGAUUCCAUGCAAAUGCGGCGCGAUCUUCCCAGCGGUGUCUCAGUCAAAGUGCGUGGAGGCUCGAAAGGCAAGGCUCCCGAUGCCUCCUGGGUUCCGCGGUGGCACGGCGCCGAUCGCAACAGAUAUUGGCCCUCGAUGGUCGUGGAGGUGGUAUUUACAGAAACGAGAACUCACCUUGAAACCGAUAUGAGAUUCUGGCUGAAGGAGUCGAAGGGGGAUGUGAAGGUCGCCGUGAGCAUCUCGGUUCAGCCAAGGAAACCAGGCAGAGUGGUUUUGGAACAAUGGAGCUUUACGCCCUCAACCCAGGAGACACGCUCGAAGCAGGGAGUGCUCCGGGUUGAACAAACCAUGACGGCUAUCCGAAAGCCUGGACAAGAGCCUGUGAUCUCAGGGAGCUUCGCACUGCCUUUUGAGGAUAUUUUUCUCAAGCCUACGGCAACUGAGCCUAAUGCAAAGGACCUGGUAAUCACGCAUUCAGACAUGAAGGAUUUUGCCGAGGUCAUCUGGGAGACUCAGUUUACGCCUCUUUCACAGUGA